UCCAGAGCAACGUGGCUUAAUUAAUUAAACAAAAACUUCGAGUUCUCCGUCUUUCUUGGAGACAAACGAGCGUUUCUUGAACUAUCCAGCGCAUACCCAUCUUUUUUAAAGCUAUGUUCAUAAAUACCCGUCAAAUCUACAGUUCUUUCAGCAGCAUUUCAUUGCUUGGAUUGGAAGCACCCAUUUAGCUUUGUAGAGCCUUCCAAUGGCAAUUCUUUCUCCAACUUCCUCUGUUUCAAAGCAACCCUUAUCCUCUCCACCCUUGAUUCAAGCCUCCAAUUCCAUAAUUUCAUCACUGAGUCCACAGACAAUCUUUGGUUCCACAGGGAAAUUAGGUGGAGUUGAGCAGACCCAUUUGAAAUUGUGCGCUAACCUGAACAAUUCAGGCUUGAAACUGAAGGCUUCAAUAGAGGUUCCAGGGCUGACCAGGGAAUCUAAAAGCGGGAAGUUAGAGAGCCCUGCAAUAACUAAAAAUGAUAGUGACUUAUUUGACGAGAUGAAGCAGCGGUUUUUGAGUUUCAAAAAGCAUAAAUAUAUGGAAAACCAGGAAUACUAUGAAAAUCUUGCCAAGGGUCAAGCACCUAAGUUUAUGGUGAUUGCUUGUGCAGACUCCAGGGUUUGCCCCUCAAGCAUCCUGGGAUUCCAACCAGGAGAAGCAUUUGUAGUACGCAAUAUUGCAAAUAUGGUCCCCUCAUAUGAGAAUGGACCAUCUGAAACAAAUGCUGCUCUAGAAUUUGCUGUAAAUUCUCUUAAAGUUGAAAACAUUUUAAUUAUUGGCCACAGUUGCUGUGGAGGUAUUCGUGCACUAAUGAGCAUGCAUGAUGAUGUAGAGACAAGUAGCUUCAUUGGAAGUUGGGUGGGGAAUGGGAUGAAUGCAAGAUUAAGAACAAAGGCUGCUGCCUCCAAUCUCAGUUUUGACCGGCAGUGCAGACAUUGUGAGAAGGAAUCAAUCAACUUGUCUUUUGGAAAUCUACUCACUUACCCGUGGAUAGAAGAAAAAGUGAAGAAUGGUGAACUCUCUAUUCAUGGUGGAUACUAUGACUUUGUUGACUGUAUAUUUGAGAAAUGGACGCUGGAUUACAAUGCAAGCAAUUGGAAGGAGGAAAGUGGCCAAGUUGCAAUAAAGAACAGAACAUUUUGGUGCUAAAUCUAUCUCUGCUUUCUAUGUUGUAUUAUUAUGUAUUUUUACUCGUCUUCUGGUUUGUCCCUUUUGUUAAUAGAUAUCAUAACAGUUGAAGGAUAAUGUUAUGCCCUUGAAUAGAAGGGAAUAACUACCAUAUUGUAUUGUGUUGUAAACUUGAAAUUUUAUUUUUCUUAUUCUGUUGUAGUCUUAGCUUUGUCGACUCUACCACCUUUAUGCACCAUGGCCCAUUUGGCAGAAAUAAUUUGCAAUUGCUGUUUCUAAUA